AUGAAAACUCGGGAAGCGUUUCGACUUCUUUUUUGCUGUCUUUGCCUGGCUACGGUCUUGGCCGGACCAAAUUAUUAUUCGAAACGAGACCCCUACAAAGCUCAACUAGUAAAAUCGAAAAACGAGGAAAAGCCGGUCGGCUGGAUGCCGAGUUGCACUGCUUGCAUCGUCGGGGUCGAGGGGGCCAGGCUGAUCAUCAAGUUCGACAAGAGCGAGGGAGCCAUUCUCCUCUUCGCCCAGGCUAUAUGCAAAUUGUUUGCACAUCAGACGUGGGCGAUUUGUGGAGGGAUUAGUACGCAAUUUCGGGAAGAAUUCUUCUACGUUUUUCGGCAGAUGGAUUUGACGAGCGCACAGAUUUGCGGCCUCUUGCUCCCGGAUUGCGCCGAUCCGAACGACCCGACCCAGUCCGGAUGGCAGGUGCAGAUCCCGCCACGCCCCAAAACCCUACCAUCACCAGCAAAACCGCCAAAAACCGACUCGAUUCGCGUGCUGCAACUCUCCGAUUUGCACGUGGAUUUUGACUACAAGGCCGGAACAACCCCAGCCCUGCCAGCCGGCUACUGGGGUACUGUAGCGGCUUGUGACAUUCCACACCGAACCCUCGAAAAUAUGCUGGACCAUAUUAACCGGACGCUCUGGGUAGACUACGUGCUGCUGUCGGGCGAUUUUGUCAACCAUGCUGAUUGGGAUUAUACCGUUGAGGAGCACCUCCACGUCCUGCACAACCUCUCCUCCCUGAUCGCCAAGUAUUUCCCGGAUACUCCAACUUACUGGGCGCUUGGAAACCAUGAGGGCGUUCCUGUUAACAACUUCGCGCCCCACUUUGCCCCUGCCAAAUUCAUCCCAACAUGGCUGUACCAAGCUUUUCUUAACAUUUCCGCGCCCUGGAUGGAUGCCGAAAAUAAUUCGACGGCUAUGUACCGCGGCUCAUACUCUACCGUACUCACGAAAGGGCUCCGUUUGAUUUCUGUAAACACGGGAUUCUGCGAGACGACGAAUUUCUUCCUAUACUUGAACCAGAGCGAUCCUGAUGGAACAAUGUCGUGGUUUGUUGCUGAACUUUUGAAGGCAGAAGAAGCAGGCGAAAAAGUCCACAUUCUGGGCCAUAUCCCACCGGGUGAUGGCGAGUGUUUGGAGGGAUGGGCUCGGAACUACUACAAGGUUAUACAAAGGUUUAACGACACGAUCCAAGCCCAAUUUUUCGGGCACGUCCACUGGGAUUACUUUACGGUCUUCUAUGAGGACAUGCACAACGUGGCUUCGGAGCCGGUCGGCGUCCUCUACGCCACGCCCUCGGCCACGACGUUCGAGGGCCUGAACCCGGCAUUCCGAAUCUAUACGGUGGACCCAGAAAAGGGCUUUGCAGUCACCAACUUCGACACGUUCUCCACCGAUCUCAGCAAGGCCGACCAGACUCAUCCGCCAGUGUGGACAAAGCUUUACUCGGCAUUGACCGAAUACAACCUCACCGAUCUGUCGCCGAAGAGCUGGAACGGAGUCAUCAAGCAGAUUUUUGAGGAAGAAGAGGUUCAUGAUGACUUUUUCAGACUAGCGACCCGUACCGACCCGACGACGUGCAAUGCUGAAUGCCAGAAUACGCUGAAGUGCUCGCUACGAUCCGGGCAUCACAAUCAGACCCUCUACUGCCCACCAUCGGCCCUAAAAUCUCAUCUGAAGACGAAUAUGGUGCCACGAAAA